UUUUUUGGUGAAGUUCUGUAAUCUAUAAUAUGAUAGUAUAUUGUGGCAAAAGCCAAAAUAUAGCAUGGCUAACAUAUUUUUAGCCGUGACCGCGAGCGUUGUAUAGAUACUAUAUUAUUUAAAAAUACCUACCAUAUUUUUAUUGUAAGAGUAUAAAUAUUGUUUUUAAUUUUUCGAUAAUCAUGUCUGUUAUGCUGGGUACUAUUGACGAACAUUCUACCACUGAACCUUAUAAUCUUACUAGUCGUUUUUUUCCAUCCAAAGUGGGCGGCAAACCAGCUUGGUUAGAUUUGAAACAUAUUCCAGAAGCAAGCGAGCUGGCCUGUUCGAAGUGUAACAUUCCUCUAGUUUUUUUGUGUCAGUUGUAUGCACCAAUUGAUGAACCCGAAUUUCGCGGUUCUUGUUUCCAUCGAACUCUGUAUGUGUUCUAUUGCAAUGAAUGCAAAGACGGAAGAACGUUUGCUGUUUUCAGAUCACAGCUUCGUAAAAAAAAUGAUUACUAUUCAAGUGAACCAGCUGAACCCCACGAUCCAGAUAUUACACCUGAUAUGUGGGGAGUAAAAUUAUGUAAAGUAUGCGGGUGCAAGUCCACAGUGGAAUAUGAAAAUGUCUAUUGCAGUUUUCACCAUAAAAAUAUUGAUUUAAAUGAAGAAUUGAAAAACAAGUUCAUUGUGGUGUUACCAGAACAUAUUAUUAAUGAAGAGUCAGAUGAAGGUUCUGAAAGUGCAUCAUUGAAUAGCGAAGAUGAUGAAAGUGAUUGUAGUGAAAAUAGUGAUGAGGCUCAAAUUCCAAAAGGUUCUCUACAAGAUAUGGAUGGUUUAGAUGAAUCUUUGUUAGCAAUGGCUUAUGGAGGUGACAAAGAUGAUGAAUAUUUUGAAAAGUUUAAAAAAUCAAUAUCUUCAGUUCCUGAACAAAUUAUUAGGUACAACCGUUUAGAGUCGCCAUUGUGGAUCUGUAGUAAACGUAUUCCUGAGGCUAAUGAUAUUCCAUCCUGCCAAUUUUGUGGUAAACAAAGAAGUUUUGAAUUUCAGAUAAUGCCACAAAUAUUGUACUAUUUAAAAUUGCCAGAAUCUUCAAUCAAGGAAGAAUCAUUCAACUUCGGUGUUUUAGCUGUCUACACUUGUCCUGAAAGCUGUGAAGGUGGUCAAAAAUAUAAAAAGGAAUUUUUGUGGGAACAGAGUCCACUAUGAAAAAAUAAACAUAAUAUUAAUGUAUUUUAA